CGCCGACGACUACGCCAGGUCUUCUUCGGGGCCCAGGUCGCUGCCGCCUACAUCAGGGGCCCCAAGUUUUCCUAGGACCCCUCGCUGGCGACGAGCACCACCAGUUUGGUUCACUCCCAACAAAAUGUCAGCCAAUGUGGGUGAAUCAACUAGCGGUGUCAGCAGCAGCGAUGCAGCUGGGGGGAGCUUUGAGUGCAACAUAUGCUUCGAGCUGCCUCAGGAGCCAAUAGUGACUCUCUGUGGCCACCUCUUCUGCUGGCCGUGCCUUUACCGGUGGCUGCACAUUCACGCACACUCGCCAGAGUGCCCAGUGUGCAAGGCCCUCGUGGAGGAGGACAAGCUCGUCCCCCUUUAUGGGCGUGGCAAGGAUCGCGUCGACCCGAGGUCGAAGAACAUGCCCGAGGGCGAGAUUCCUCACCGCCCAACUGGCCAGAGGCCCGCCACAGCCCCCCGGGCCGAUGCUAACAGCAACUUUGCCAAUGCCAAUGCCAAUCCAUGGUUCCCGGGCCCAGGAGUCCCUCUGGCAAAUGCGCGAUGGGGGAACUACGCAUUCUCAGCUGCCUUCGGGGGACUGUUCCCUAUGCUUAGCUUCCAAGUCCAUGGGUUUCCAGAUGCCGCCGCUUACGCGCAGCCUGCUGGGUUCCACUAUGGAUACGGGCAUGGGCAUGGGCAUGGGUUCCACCAUGGCGGGCAUAUGGGACAAGCACAAGCCCAUGGCGUCCACCGACAGGCACCGUUGGGGCAACAACAGCAGCAGGCAGAUAUUUAUCUGAAGGCCCUGCUCUUCAUGAUUGUAAUUCUAGUGCUCGCAAGCCUCCUCGCGUUUUAAAGCUUGUUUGGCAACGUCUCCUCGUCAUGGUUUGGAAAUUGUAAUUCUGGGGAGUGCUCCUCCUGGCAUUUCAGUGCUGUUGGCAUGGCAGUUUGACAUUGUGAUGGCGUAUUGGCCUAUGAGAAUCGCCAGAAUAUUUCACUGUUGGAUCUGUACUAUAGCCUGGUGCUGAAUGUCGUAUAAGGGCUAGUUUUGC